AUGGCGACUGAGCAUAACGCCCAAGCAAGACUGCAAGCCAACUCGAACGGCGAUCCUCUAGAGAAGGAUUUCUCCCGCAACGGAACUCUAAACGGUAAUUAUACCAACGGAGCUGAUACCUAUCACAUGAACGACAUCAAUAUGGAGCAUGGCGAUGCUUUGAGACGCAUUCGUACUGCUGGCAGUAUUUCGAUUUCUCCAGAGCUGUUCGAGAAGAUAUAUCUUUCUCCGCAAAAUGCGGUUAAAGGUGACUUGCGAAAAACCUUCGCCAACCCUACCCCUCUUUGUAUAGUUGGCUUUCUCCUGUCGUUGUCACCACUUUCAUGUGAUCUUAUGGGAUGGCGAGGCUCAGGAGGCAAUGGAGCAGCUGGAAUUGGAACUUAUUACUUCUUCGGAGGCUUGCUCAUGAUUCUUGGUGCUGUGAUGGAGUUUCUCCUAGGCAACACAUUCCCGUUCGUUGUCUUCGGAAGCUUUGGCGCUUUCUGGCUUGCUUAUUCCGCAACUCUUCAGCCAUUCUACUACGCAUAUGGCCUAUACGCACCCCCAGGCGAGCCAGAAGCUGCUGGUCUUGAGACAGUUGGUUUUACCGCCUCUUUCGCUUUCUUCCUGGUUUUCAUGGGCGUCCUCUGCCUGAUUUACUUGAUCUGCUCUCUCCGUACCAAUGUGGUUUUCGUGGUAAUCUUCUUUACCCUCGUCCUCGCAUUCGGCCUUCUCGCAGGAUCCUUCUGGCACAAUGCCAACGCUUAUGGGAACACGAACGCAGCGGCUGCAGCGGAUUCCUUAGCACUAUCUCAUCGGUUGCAAGUCGCUGCUGGUGCCUGUACCUUUGUUACGUCUAUGGCGGGUUGGUGGAUCUUCGCAGCAAUCAUGCUCGCAGCUCUUGAUUUCCCAUUUCAAAUUCCUGUUGGAGAUUUGAGUACUUUGAUCAAGGGCGCGAGUGAGUCGGAGAAGAUGAAGCGACAAGCAAUAAGAGAUGAAGAACAGGAUAUGGGUGUCUGA